AUGCAGAUCCAGACUCUCCUCAUCGCCUUCGUUGGCCUUGUUGCCGCUCAGGGCUCCGUCUGCUUCGACGACUUUGACUGCAUCCUUGCUGGUGGCAAGUGUGUCAAGAAGGGUCUCCUCGGCUCCUGCAGCGGCAAGGCUGGCUCUGCCACCACCGUCUCCGCCGCCCCUCAGGCCACCACCGGCUCCAUCUGCUUCGACGCUGGUGACUGCCUUCUCGCCGGUGGCGGACAGUGCGUCCGUGGCAAGGGUGACACCAUCCUUGGUCACUGCCAAAAGAAGAACUAA